AUGGCUUUAGAUUUUUCCGUUAAGAUCCUCCUGUUCUACGUGAUCUUUUAUGGCUGCCUGGCUGGCAUCUUCAUCGGAACCAUCCAGGUGAUGCUGCUGACCAUCAGUGAACUGAAGCCCACCUACCAGGACCGGGUGGCCCCGCCAGGAUUAACGCAGGUUCCUCAGAUCCAAAAGACUGAAAUUUCCUUUCGUCCUGCUGAUCCCAAGAGCUAUGAGUCCUAUGUGCUGAACAUAGUUAGGUUCCUGGAGAAGUACAAAGAAACGGCCCAGAAGGAUGACAUGAUUUUCGAAGAUUGUGGCACUUAUGCAGUCCUGGGUUCAAAAGAAAAUCUGGAUGUCCAGCCAUAUUCUGGUUUUGGGCCUCUUGGAGCCAGGCAGAGUAGUACAGCAAAAUGCGAAUUCCUUACUGAUGUGAGUGAGGAGCUGUCCAUUUUAUCAGACUCAGACCGAGGGUAUGUUACAUCUGCUGUGAAGCCUCCCAAGAAUGAGACCUUGGAGUCUAUGGAGACUUACAGCGGGGCGAGGUACAACCCGUACGUUCUGCCUGUUCAGUGCACUGGCAAGCGAGACGAAGAUAAGGAUAAAAUUGGAACUGUGGAAUACUUUGGAAUGGGCGGAUACGCUGGUUUUCCUCUGCAGUAUUAUCCCUACUAUGGCAAACUCCUGCAGCCCAAGUAUCUGCAGCCCCUGCUGGCCGUACAGUUCACCAACCUCACCUUGGACACUGAAGUUCGCAUUGAGUGUAAGGCGUACGGUGAGAACAUUGGGUACAGUGAGAAAGACCGUUUUCAGGGACGCUUUGAUGUAAAAAUUGAAGUUAAGAGCUGA